AUGGACAGCGCAAACCCUUUCGCAGGCAACUCGUUCUGUGGUCGAAAUGACGACCACUCGACAGCAUUAAGCGGAAUGCCCAUUUCGCCUGCCCCUUCUCCAAUACCGUCGAUGCGCCUCCUGCGCUUGUCGGAUAAUUUGGGCUCCCCAUUGAGUAGCGGACCUCAUACCACACCGCAGGACCGUAUCUCCAGUAUAAGCCGCAUGUUUCGUGAUCUCUCAGACGUCGACAAAAUUGCUUGUAUGCAGGAACUCUUGGGCCAGUGCGGCCAUGAAGUUCUGCUUGCAACCAACCAGCUCAUUGACCCCAUGUUGAGACACGACCCAUUCAAGGUUUUGCCUUGGGAAAUCUCCCUGCGCAUUUUAAGUUAUAUUAAGGACCCCAGGUCGCUGGCAGCUGCAUCCCAAGUCUCCCGCUUGUGGUAUCUGGUUCUCAGCGACGACACCACCUGGAAACAUCUCUGCGAGGUGCACCAUUUCCGCCGUUUGAGCGCAGCCGGUAAUGAGAUGACCCAGUCUUUUCUCAACCUUACCCGGCGAGCGUCCAUGUCUUCACUGGCUUCUCAUGACGAAGCGUGUGAGAUGCAGGAAGAUGACGACGAGACUAACCCAAUGGCCAUCAGCACAACUCCUCCAUCUCUCCGGAAUUCACAAGCUUCAAAUACCAGCUUGAACUCGUACUCGUUCGGCCAGAGGCAGAAUUCCGUGGCUUCGAGUUUAGGAAACAUUGUUGAGAUGAUUUACAAACCCGAAGCUUCGCGCUACGUCAAACCUAAAACUUACAGAUCCCACUUCAAACAGGAAUACCUUCUUAGCAAUGCCUGGGACACAGGUGGAAAACUCGCGGCGCGAUACGUUUUGCAAAACUCCGACGACGUCAUUGUCACCGAGUUACUUAUGCAAGGUGGUUAUAUUAUUCUCGCGUUGGACAACUCUAAAAUCCUGGUGUUUAGCAAUAACGGCCGCCUUCUCAGCUCUCUAUGCGGGCACGUGAUGGGUGUUUGGGCCCUGGCCCUCCACGCCAAAACCUUGGUCUCUGGUGGGUGCGACCGUGACGUGCGAGUAUGGGAUCUCAAUACGAUGCAUUGCACACGUAUUCUGCAGGGUCACACCUCGACUGUCCGGUGUCUCGCCAUGGCGUCACCGAAAAUUGCACUGUCUGGAUCACGUGACCAUUCCGUGAGAGUCUGGGACGUCCAACAAGGCACUUGUCUACAUGUGUUAGAGGCUCAUACGGGCGCUGUGCGCUGCCUCAAGGCUGUUGAUGAGUAUGCCAUUUCAGCAAGCUACGACUGUACAGUGCGAGUAUGGCGAUACUCCACAGGCGAGCUUGUACAUACGCUACAGGGCCACCAAGCACAGAUUUAUUCCCUGGAUGUUUCUGGGGGCAUUAUUGCUAGUGGCGCACUCGAUUUCAUGAUUUUCCUUUGGGACUUACGAUCCGGCCGGUGCCUUGGCGUGUUAACAGGCCAUGUUGCGCUAGUUGGCCAGCUACAACUUCGAGGGAAAAAGCUAGUGUCUGGAUCAAGUGACGGUGCAAUCCGGGUAUGGGAUAUCGACAAAAUGGUAUGCCUUCAUCGUAUAAUUGCCCACGACAACGCCAUCACGUGCUUAAAAUUCGACGACGAACGCAUCAUUUCGGGCGGGCCCGAUGGUCGAGUUCAUAUGUGGGAUUUAGCCACUGGGCGUCAGAUCCGGUCCCUGGGGCCUCAAUUCACAACCGUGUGGGGUCUUGCAUUCUCUAAUGACCGGCUGGUGAUGGUAGGAAGCGAUCACAGCAACACUGUGUUUGAGCUUAUCAGCUUUGUUCCUUAG